GCCCCGGGGGCAUCCAGCAGAGCUGGGCUCGGAAAUCCGCGGGGAAAUGGCAAACAGGAUUGACGGGUUUCUCGCGCUCCUCGCCAGACACAGCGGCUCAUUUCCAUAACCGUCUGCGGCGGCGGCGGCGGCGGCGGGACCUGCGGGGACCUCGGCCGCCGCGCACCGGGCCACGCCGACAGGGCCCGGGAGGCGCGUGGGCAGCGGCGGCCGCGCGGAGGACGGCGGCGGCUGGAGCGCGGGGCGCGCGAUCCGAAGCUGGCAGCGAUGACGCUGGUUCUGUCCAUGAAUAGAUUCUGUGAGCCCAUUGUCUCAGAAGGAGCUGCUGAAAUUGCCGGGUUCCAAACGCUAUGGGAGGCUGACAGCUACAGAGGUGCAAGCCCCCCGGGGCCAGCGCAGGUUCCUUUGCGGGGAGACGGGGGAGCCAGCCCACAACUGGCAGGAUCACAUUACAGGGGAGUUCCAAAUCCUAUAAGCACAUCCAAGGUCACAUACUUCAAGAGGAAGUAUGCAGAAGAGGAGGAUCUUCACCCACCACUCAGCAGCUGCAGCCAUAAAACCAUUUCCAUUUUUGAGGAGCGAGCACACAUCCUGUACAUGUCUUUGGAGAAGCUCAGGUUCAUCGAUGACCCGGAAGUGUACCUGCGGAGAUCCGUCCUUAUCAACAACCUGAUGAAGAGGAUCCAUGGGGAGAUCCUCAUGCAGAACAGCUGGUGCCUCCCUGCCUGCUCCCUUGGUGGCACCUCCGCCCAAGAGUGGUUCCUGGCUCAAGACUGUCCUUACCGGAAACGGCCCCGGGUGGCCAAAGAGGAGUGGGAAAAGUUCCACACUUGCUGUUUUUAUCAGGAGUGUGGGGGUCACUGCCUGGAUCUGCCCCUUUCUGUCAAUGCUGGUGUUGGGAGCGCUUCAGCUGCUGCCACAGCCACAUCCCCCUCCUCCUCCCCACCCACCUCCUCCCCAUCCUCCUCUUCUUCCUCACCCACCUCCUCCCUACCCACCUCCUCCCCACCCUCCUCUCCCUCCUCCUCCUCUUCCCCUCUUCCACUGGCUAGUUGCUCCCACCAUGUGGACUUCGAUAUAGGCAGUGCACCUGUUUAUAAGAGCGAUGGCCAGAUACCUGCCAGUGAGAUCUUUGUCACUAAUGUUAGGUCCCUUGGUGUCCAGGAAAAGGCCAAAUCCAACGAUGGGAAAGUAAGUCACGACAGCCACAGAGACGGUGAUGCCAUCAGCCGAGAACCUCUUGGGAGCGACCUUGAUUUUGAGUGCAAAGGCCAAUUUUAUGAUUAUUUUGAGACCGGAUAUAACGAGAAAAAUCAUGUGAGUGAGUCUUGGAAAAAGUCUUUGAGGAAAAAGGAGCUUUCCCCAAGCAACAAACUGUGCUGCAGCAAAGGAAGUAAGAUGUGACCGACCUCCCUCCCACCAGCACCUGGACACAGGCACGCACAGCAUGACCAAGUUUUAUUUUGAAUGGAUUUUGUAGUUUUGUACAACUGAUAAAAUUAUGCAGUGAACACACUGUGUUGUUUCACUGCCUGGAGAGCAGAUUGCACAAAACAUCUGUACAGUAGGCAUCCACAAGCUACUUACUAAUGUGAUUUUGCCAAGGAAAGCCAACUUCAUGUUUGAAAGUAUAGCUUAGUUUUCUUUUUUUAAAAAAAAAAUCAGUAGAUUAGGUUGAGGACAACAUGCCCCUGUUAUAUUCCCACCGCCCCUCCAAAGAGCCCACCGAUAGCCAAGACAAGUUCAACUUGUUUGCCAGUUAAUUAGGUAGUUACUUGGUAAACAAAUCAUUAUAACCAGCAGAGCUGUCUGCUUCUUCAAUAUGAUACAGUAUUUCUUUCUGAGUAGAAGACUGAAGACAGAAAAACAGAUGACAUGGUUUCAUGAGUUGUGACAUGUUUGUAUUGGACAGGAUGAGACGAAAUGAAACACACCUACCAUACCCUGCGAGCUCCUAGCUUCCAUACGAUGGUAAUGGAUGACUAGAGAGGUGGUGUACAGGGCUGUCUUUGAUGGGGUGAGUAGAGAGGUAGCGUACAGGGCCGUCUUUGAUGGGGUGAGUAGGGAGGUGUACAGGGCUGUCUUUGAUGGGAUGAGUAGGGAGGUGGUGCAGAGGGUGGUCUUAAUGGGAGGACAAGGAAAGUGGUGUACAGGGCCAGUUUGAUGAUGGGCUGAUAGGGAGGUGUGGUGUACAGGGCGAUCUUGGGUGCCUUACUUUAUCUUAAUUUUUGCCAGUGUGAAAAUUAAGGAUAAAUCAGAGCUACAGCAGGGAUUUAACACAUAGGAAAAAACACACAGGGUGGAUCCAUGCGGUUUGGAAACUUAACUUUGAACUAUUGUGUUCAACUUUUGAUUCACCAUCCUCUUCCUCCUUUGUUUUUGACGCCCAGUGGCUGUGGGUCCGACAUUUUGGGUAGAGAUGGAGGAGACAGUAGGGAAGGCCAUUGGGACAGUGAAAGCUGCCUGGGCUUUUCCAUGGCAACGCACUGUUGCUGGGUCUGGGCUUUCUGAGCUUUGGGUUGUUUUGUUUUCUUGUCCAGUGACGUUCACAGCCCGUGGCAUGCGUUACAUACGUUAUACUUUGCCCUGUUUUGCAUCAUUUCAUGCGUUUAGACUCUUAAGAGCAUGUGGUUUCUAUAUGUGACUUUCGCUGUUGAUUGAGAAGCACAAUGUUAAUAGAUGACGUGGUGAUCAAUAUGUUUUAUCUUAAAGAAUGUAAAGAUUGUAGGUUGCAGAACGUUAUUUUGGAGAAAUGGGACUCGCUCGUCAUUGUUGCUGUGUAUUUGGCCAACACACUAUUCAAACAAUACCUUGAAUUUGCACAUUGCUAUGUGUCCUCAGUGGCAUUCUGGCCCAGUCCAGCCAGCUCCUCUUCAUAAAAUGUAUUCCCAUUUCCAAGGCCAAGGACUUGGGCCUUUUAAAACGGUUAUUCACAGGAACCAAAUGCCAAAUGGAGGAAAUAGGUAAGUUCUCCCACUUUCUCCAAGAUGAAGCUUUUUUAAUUAUUGCUAUUAAUAUUAAAUAGGUCUCAUUCAUACAGUGUAUGAGUAGAUCAUUUGGGAAAUUGUCCGCAAGGACCAAUUUUUAAAACAUGUUCCUGUGUUAUGGCUGAAUAGUCUAGUAAUGUUUUGUCCUUUAUUUUCAAUAUUUGAUGAACAUUUUGGUGUUGAAAUUUUAGGUGAUAGAUGCUAGUACAUGACUGUGUUGUAAUAAAGUGAGGUUUUCUUGAUAUAUAUUUAUUAAAAUGAUCAAAAAUCA